AUGUCGGACAAAAUCACCUCCAAGAACCUCUCCUACGACACCAAGAUCCCGCCCUUCCUGCGCGCCCUCCACGCGCAGGCGGCCGGCAACGCGGCGGACCCGGACCCGAUCCUCUCGAAGCGUCGGCGGGCGGCCAAGAAGCGCUCCGAGAGCGAGGAGGCGGAGGAUGCGCCGCUCGUGGUGGACGACGAGGGCAACGUCGUCGACGUCCAGGUGGACAAGGACGGAGGCGUCGCGGAGGAUCCGGAGAAGAGAGACGAGGGCGAGACGAAGGAGCUGAAGGACGAGAAGAGGGAGACCGAAAAAGUUGCGGGUAUUGGGGCCAGCAAGAAGAGAAAAGCUGGCAAGGUUAUCGGUGAUGGGGUGGAGGACGCGAAAGAGGAUGGAGGGGUUGAGGUCAAGGCUGACGGCAAGGAUGAGGAUGGGCCCAAGAAAAAGGCUGGCAAGAAGAAGGGCAAGAAGAUCAAGCUGAGCUUCGACGAGCCGGAAUGA